ACAAUCGCAACGCCCUGCUUUGCUUUUGCUCAACUGAUACAUUAGGGCGGUGGAUACCGUAAAGAAGCCCUCUUUGGAGUUUGUUUGCUAGGGUUUAUUUCUCGGUAACCCUCUCUCUUCGUCGAUCCAGCUCAGUGUGCAAAGCAGCUAUGGUGUCCCUCAAGCUGCAGAAGCGGCUUGCUGCUUCUGUUCUCAAAUGCGGAGAACGGAAAGUAUGGCUGGACCCCAAUGAAGUCAAUGAGAUUUCUAUGGCGAACAGCCGGCAAAACAUUCGGAAGCUGGUGAAGGAUGGGUUCGUAAUCAGGAAGCCGCAGAAGAUUCACUCGCGGGCUCGCGCUCGUCGUGCUCUGGUGGCUAAACGGAAGGGUCGUCACACUGGAUAUGGAAAGCGCCAUGGUACCAGGGAGGCUAGGCUUCCGACCAAGGUGUUGUGGUUGCGGCGCAUGCGAGUGCUGAGGCGGCUCCUCCGCAAGUACCGCGACGCCAAGAAGAUCGACAAGCACAUGUACCACGACAUGUACAUGAAGGUGAAGGGUAAUGUGUUCAAGAAUAAGAGGGUGUUGAUGGAGAGUAUUCACAAGACGAAGGCGGAGAAGGCGCGUGAGAAGACUCUCUCCGACCAGUUCGAGGCCAGGCGUGCGAAGAACAAGGCCAUUCGGGAGCGCAAAAUUGCGAGGAGGGAAGAGCGUCAGGCGCAAGGAAUUCCCGAGGCUGCUCCUGCUUAGACUCCAGAUUAGCGGUGCCGCAGUCGAACAGUCGAAGCAGUAGCUCGUGCUUCCCAUGAUCUUGUAUAUAUGCAGUCUCUCGUCGUUUACAUGUACAAAAAGGUCAUCUCAGACCUUUCUCUCGCUCUUA